AUGGAAUCCCUGGGAAGUCCCAAAGAACUUCUAUUAGCUGGUGGUUUCGUUGCUGUAUGUAUUUCUUCAACAGGCUGGGCACAACUUGUCGAUCUUUAUCCAAAGAAUAUAACAUCUUUUCUAUCACCACCACAGUUCGGUCUAAUAUGUAUUGUAUAUGCUGUAAGUUUAUUUGGAAUAUCAGUGGUCGUUGCUUGUUGGGAAGAUAAACUAAGACGUAUAAUGACCGAUGCAUAUAUUGGAAAUCAAUUUUUAAGUACACCAAAUGGAUAUGUUAAACCACAAACUGGAGCAGCAGCUGCAGCAGCGACAUUUGGUUUUGCGGCGUGUGCCCUAUUUUUGGCUGAAGCAUUAAUGCGAUUUCGACGACUUGGCGAUAAAAUGCACAGAUAA